AUGCAUCUGGCAAAACCAAGUUGGCUCGGGCACUUUGACGAUAAAAGUCAAAGGACUUCAAUCUUUUCGGUCCAUGUUCACCCUGACGGAUCUCGUUUAGCAACUGGAGGUCUCGAUAAUAAAAUAAAAUUAUGGAGUACUGCCAGCAUAAUAGACGUAAAUAAAGCCAACGAUUCUAGUGUACCGCGUUUAUUGUGUACUUUAGGUCUUCAUAAUGGUUCAGUGCUUUGCGUCAGAUGGUCAAAUAAAGACGGCCGAUAUUUGGCCUCAGGUUCAGAUGAUCAACUUGUUCUGAUAUGGGAAUGGGAUAGAUCGACUGAAGGGUGGUCGGGAGGAAGCGUGUUUGGAAGUGGUGAACACAACAUUGAGAAUUGGAAACCAGUAAGGCGACUCUCAGGGCAUCAAUCGGACGUAGUUGACCUUGCUUGGUCGAAAACUAAUGCCUAUUUGGCAUCAUGCGGUUUGGAUAGCUUGGUAUUCAUAUGGGACGGCAAAACGUUUGAAAAAUUGCAUAAACUAGAUCAGCAUAUUGGAUUUGUUAAAGGUGUCACAUGGGAUCCUGUGGGCGAAUAUCUUGCAACUGAGUCUGAUGAUAAAACUGUUAAAAUAUGGCGUACCACUGAUUGGUCCGUGCAAGCUGAAAUCAGCGAUCCAUAUACUAGCUCUCCCACAACUACUUUUUACCGUCGUCUUAG